GGUCCCGUUACCUGAAAUUGUUUGGACUAUUCUCUGAUUUCUUCCACGAAUUUUGUGGAAGAAAUUUCACUAUUUAUUUGGGAUAAUAACAUCUAAAUUUCUCGUGUACAUUUGAAUUAGUUAAAAUGGUGGUAUCCGCGGACGUUCAUCUGCCGGAAGAGUCGGAAUUGACGGUGAAGGAGCUGAAUUUAUCGUCAGCAGUUUUGUAUGCUGGUUCUUUUCAUUUAGGAAAAUAUUGCGAGCAAGCUAAUAAUGAGUUCAUGCUGUGCCGUCUCGAGGAGAAGGACCCUCGGAAGUGCAUCAACGAAGGCAAAGCGGUCACCGCAUGCACCCUGGAUUUCUUCCGGAAGGUGAAGAAGUCCUGCCUGGACGAGUUCAACCAGUACUCCAACUGUAUUGACAAGAGCUCUGGAGAUUACAGCUUGAAGCAAUGCCGCAAGACUCAAGGCGUGUUCGACAAGUGUGUGCUUGAGAAGAUGAACAUUGAACGUCCCGCAUUCGGAUACUUCUGUGAGGCUCGUGUUCACGACACUAAGAGGCCAAAGCCCCUGGAAGAGCCAAAGGCGGUCUAUCCAGACGCGACUCCGGCCCUACCAGACGACGCGGAAAGAAAGCCCGCGCGAAUGGGAUCCCGAUUCUACUGGAUGACAGAAUAAACAGCGGCCGUGCGAACGAGACGCUUUAUACUGGUUAUGUGCGUGAGAAAGAGGACGAACGAGUUCUGUAUUUAAAAUUCGCGGUUAUUUUCUACCUUUUUUGGUUGUAAAUUUAUAAAAAAAAAACUGAAGGAAAUCUGAACAAAUCGGUCUCUUGGUUUUUGAUGGGGCUACGUUCCGUUCUACGAUUUUUCACGCGCAUACCAUUCCGAAGUAAAGCAUUUGAUGAGUUUUGAAAAUCAUCUUUUAACAAAUUUCAACGUAAUUAUUUAAUUUAUAAGCUAACAGUGGUAUAGAUCAAUAAAUCAUGUUAUACAAAAACUUGUCUAAUGUUUUGCUUUCUAAAUCAAAUAGCUAUUAUUGAUUUGUAGAGUAAUAAAUGUUGGAAUUUAA